AUGGCAAGCCCAGCUCACUGCUUCUACUGUUUUGAAACACUGGCCGCCAGUUUCAAACACCGAGACCCGCCUACACUGCAAAAGGUCUUGGACCUGUAUGAAGCCUACAAAGCCAAAGCACUCCCCCAAGAUGAGGCUACAGAAGCCGACGAGGAAGAGGAUGUCGAGAUGGAGUCACAUGUAGCGGGAAAUGACGCGAAUGACAACCACAAUGAGGAAGAAGACGACGACGAAGAUGGUGCCCACGAAGAAAUCCAACGUAUUGAACGUCGAACCGUUGGUAAAUCUGCACUUCAGCCUCCCAGUAUUUCCCGGCUGCAGGCGCGGUCGUCAUCUUCGAGGUCUUCUUCAACAUCCUCCCCGUCCAUAUUCUCUCCGAGUUCAUCUAAUUCCCAGUUGACCACUCCCUCGAGUGCCACCUCUAUUAAGUCUGUACCACCAACCUAUGCUUCACAAGUCUCUGCGACGGAAUCAUAUCCACUCUUCGUCACCUGGAACACGGUAUCUCGGUCUGGACACAAAUCUCUCCGUGGUUGCAUAGGCACCUUUGAAGCUCUUCCCCUCGCUUCGGGACUUUCUACAUAUGCACUAACUUCAGCGUUCGAUGACACGCGAUUCUCGCCGAUCCCAGAGUCACUGCUACCGGCACUUUCAUGCUCUCUGACCUUGCUUGCAGAUUUUGAGCCUUGCAAAGAUGCUAUGGACUGGACCUUAGGGAUACACGGCCUCAGAAUCAGUUUCACCUACAGGAACCGGAGACAUGGCGCGACGUACCUUCCCGACGUUGCGGUCGAGCAAGGCUGGGACAAGGAGCAGACUGUGGAGAGUCUGAUGAAGAAAGCUGGGUGGGAUGGGGGCUAUGGGAAUGGUGUGGCAAGACGGCUUCUAAGAGGAUCUGCCAGGCCAAGCGAGCAGCAGUCAACUAAGCCCUGGGACGAAGUGCAAGACUUUCGGGCGGUUAGGUAUACAGGUUUAAAAGCCAGUGCAUCAUACGCUGAAUGGCAGGAUUGGCGUCAAUGGGUUGAGAAGAACGGUGAAGUUCUGAAUUGA